AUAGUUAUAAGUGAUAGUUAUAAGUAUUUAAUAAUAAUUUAAUAAUUUUUUGUGAUUUUAUUGUUGAAUAUCCAAUACCCCUCCACCACCCCCGCCCACACACACACACACACACACACACACACAAAAUAACAACAAUAAAAAAACAAUGCGCAAAAAGCUAACAGUGCUAUUUGCACCGAUCAACUAUGUCGGACCAGUCCUGUCCAGUAUAGGUAUGGCCGAAGUCCUACGCGACGGCGGACACCGACCAGUCUUUGCUAUUAGUCAGGCGUGGAAACAAAAGGUCAGUUCGGUUGGCUUCGAGAUCGAACUAAUGGAUGAUGAACUCACCGAUGAUGAUGAUGGUGGUGGCGGUGGCCAGGUAGCCGAUUCGGCUGCCGCCAAUGUCGAAGAGCUCCGGGAUCUGUUGGACAAUAUUUCACCGAUGGAUAAAUAUGUUCAGACAUUUGCCAUUAUGUUUGAUGAUCUGAUUCGCGAUAUCGAUAAAGAAGAGCCAGCUCUGCGGACUAUCAUUGAACGAGUCCGACCGGACAUUAUCAUUACCGACCAUAUACUAGAUGUGCCGGCCAUUAUCCAAUCGGGUGUACCCUAUAUACUGAGCUACAGUAGUAAUCCAUUGUCACUGGAUAUGGGUCUCGAAGAUCCACGUUUGCCACCAUCGCUGUUAGGUCUAAGCGUAAACAGCGAUAAGUCCGAAUGGGAACAACUGAGGACUGACCUGAAAGCUGCCCGACGACCAGGUUGGCUAAAAUACAGCGAUUGGCUUCAGUCGAAAGGCUUGCCGCCUACCGGCGAGUGUCAACUAUUUUCUCCGUCUCCCUACGCAACCAUCUAUAUGUUUCCCAAAGAGUUGGACUACACUGACCAGAGACCACUUCCCGACACGUUUCAUGGUUUUGAUAAUUUUAAGCGUUCGGAAAAUGAGGACAAGUUUGAAGUGCCGAAACAGUUAAGUCAAAGAUCGGGAAAAUUGGUUUACCUGUCACUGGGAUCGAUGGGCAGCGGAAAUGUCGAUCUAAUGAAACGCUUGAUUAGUAUGUUAGCCAAGUCUGAGCAUCGGUUUAUUGUGUCCAAAGGUGUCUAUCACGACAAGUAUGAAUUGGCGGACAACAUGUGGGGCGAAAGGAGUGUCCCACAGGUAAAGGUGCUGUCGAUUGUCGAUCUAUUCAUAACACACGGCGGAAAUAACUCGGUAACCGAAUGUAUGUAUUUCGGUAAACCAAUGAUAGUGUUCCCAAUGUUUUACGAUCAAUACGAUAACGCACAGAGAGUUGAGGACAAGGGUUACGGUAUACGUCUGAAUCCAUACGAGUGCUCUGAACAACAAUUAUUGCAAUCAAUUGAUAAGUUAUUAAAUGACAAACAAUUGGCUGAAAAGUUACAGAAAUUGUCUCAACGAAUACAAAACGAAAGAAAUAUUGAAAAUCUUGUAAAAUUAGUUGAAAAUAUUGCUAAUAAAUAGUUAAAAUGUUAAUUAAUAUUAUUUU